CAGGCGUCAGUUGUCUGCGGACGUUUGAUGGGCGGUGCUCUAUCUAUUAUAAUACAUCCAUGAUCUAUAGACAUCCACAUGUCAUUUUGACACAAGUCUACAUUUCCUCGUUUUGUUAUUGUUGACAUUGAAGGGGGCGGGCCUUAAAGUGCUUGCUGCAACGUCACAGAAAUACUCCAAUCACCGGCGCAUAAUAACACCUACGUCAUAUCCAAAGGACUGUUAACAUGUCGAUUGUUCAAAGAAAGAGCUAAGUAAGAGCUAGCAUGGAAGCAUACUGAGUGAUGUAAUUCAUGAAGUUCUAAGGCAGAUAUGUCGCUUCGGUCCAGUUCUCAGACUCCUCAGUUUCAUCGUCAUAGUUUCCAUUAAAGUUGAUAUUUUGUGAAAAUUGCAGUUUCAUACAAAGGCGUGACUGGUGGAGCGGGGACACGAAGACAUGGGCAACUGUCUCAAGUCACAAACAACAGAUGACAUCUCACUGCUUCACGAGGCCCAGUCACGUAGGGCGAGUUUCUGGGACGCGACGGACCUGGAACCACCUCCACCGUAUCAGGAGCAGGCUCAUAUGCCCGUGUACCACCCCACACUGAGUCAGGCCCGUCUGGCCUCACAGCUGACAGAGGAGGAGCAGAUACGCAUUGCUCAGCGCAUUGGUCUGAUCCAACACCUCCCGACGGGUGUUUAUGAUGGAGAUAAAGAUGGCUCAGAGAAAAAGAUCAGAGAGUGUGUGAUCUGUAUGCUGGACUUUGUUUAUGGGGACCCCAUCCGGUUCCUGCCCUGUAUGCACAUCUACCACAUGGACUGUAUAGACGACUGGCUGAUGAGAUCCUUCACCUGCCCCUGUUGCAUGGAGCCUGUGGAUGCCGCCCUGCUCUCCACUUACGAAACAGAUUUUUCACCCCUCCAUGCUUAGAUCAGACAGAAGGCCCCUCCAGUCCCAACCCUUUACACAAACCUUACAACUGCCCUCAACUAGUGUGAGAAGCUGGAGAAAAUAGGUCUGCUGUUGUAUUGCACUUUGAAAAGUUCAAAAUUUACUCACCUGAUGUUGGCCUUCUACACCCCCUCCAAGUCUAAAUGAGCUGGUCUUAAACAUCCAUUAGAGAAACAGUCAACCCUGCAAAGUUGUGUUUAAUGUGCAGAAGCUGCGUGACAAUGAGCAUGUGGGAUUUGUGAGUGAGUGUCUCACUGGUGUUCCCUCAGCUGACACCAUUUUAUUUUUAUUCCCAGUUAGUCAUGUUAUUGACCAAAAUGAUCAGAGGUGUUGCUCGAAAUCUGUUGGAUUCAAUGUGAAGUCUUAUGUGGAAAUAGCAAAGACUUCCUCGACACGUUGUUUGUCUUCAACCAGUCUUUGAGAAAAUGCCUUUAGUUGAUGUGAUGAAAUGGUGAUGUCUAAUGUGAUUGUUUGACCAGAGGGUGUGUAGAAUAGCUGGCAGCAAGUGUAAAGGGCUCACUUGUGCAUAGGCGGGUGAAUCAGUCAGUCAAAAAAUUAGAAAUGCUUGCGCACACUUUUCAUCUGAUCCAGAAAUUUGCACUUUACUUAUAGGACAGUAUCUAAAACAAUAUAUUAAUAUAUGUACCUUACAACCUUGCACUAUCAAUAUUUCAUUCCUCUUAUCUCUUGAGAUGCAAAUGUGUUAAUAUGGCUGAUAAAAACAGUGGUCAGUCGUCACUUGCCACAUCGAAAGUAAGCCUGAUGUAACAGUAGUGUGAGCCUCCGCUCUUUUGGCUUUAUUUUUUGACUCUUGUGUGUCUUAUGUGUUAGUAUAGGGACAGAGGCUUGCUCAUGGUUAAAGGAGAAGUUCAAUGUUUUUGUGAAAUUUGCUUUUUAUGUUUAAAAUUGGGGUGAGAGUGGGAACAAAGAAGGGAGCUAGAGCUUGAAUUAGCCUGGCCCUGUUAAAGUUGUAAAUUAUACCCGCCAACACCUUCAGAUAAAAAGUAACACACUGUUUGUUUGUUUGAAUAAACUGCACAGAAUGAAACUUAAUCAUCGUCAUGCUUCACAGGGAGUUACAUGCUGUUAAAAUAGAGAAAGCCCUCAGCCAAUGCCUCUCAGUUUCCCACAGUGUCCAUGCACUCAAAAUAUGAUCAUUUCAUAACUUAGAAGUCCAAGAAAAUUCUCCUCUAUGUUGUUUGAGUUAUGCUGCUCAAAGAUGCACAAACAUGGCCAAAACAACCUCCUUGACGGAGCGAAUAAGGAUGUAACAAAUAAAGAAAUUGUUAUUUCUUUCAUACUUUUAAGAUUUUUAAGUGAUAUUCUUUUGCUUGAAAUCUCUAGACAGAGUUAGAACAGCUAACUAAGGUUUUUAAUUUAGCUUUAAGUUUGCUGUCGCUCUACAUUUACUGUAUACACAUUCAGUAUUUCUAUAACUGUCACACUAUUCUAUUUUU